GGAGGUAGUAGGACCUAAGAUUGGGACCUCUGCAACUCCUUUAAUUUUGGAUAAUUCUGUUCGCAGACGUCAAAUUGCUAUGCACGACCAUUUAAUUAAAUAAAAUAAAUAAAAAAUAACUUCAAUAUCUAUAUUGCCCUCAUGUGAAAAGAUAGAUAGCCUCAGCAAAACACAACUCCAAAGAAGACAAACAGCUUCCGUCCUCUGGAGCCCUUCUGUUAUCGUCAAAUGUCAAUAUAAUUUCUGGGGCAUUUCAUCUUGGAUUGGGAUCGGUUAAGUAGCAGAGUGACAGGAAGUCAGUAAACAAUGGUUCAUGUAAUAAUAGUUUGGUCAUAAUCCUCCUUGAAGAUGAUGAUGGUGAUCAACUCACUAGUCACUACAACCUAAAAGUUCGAUCAUAAGUAAGAGUUGCCCAUCUUCAUAUAAAUGCAAAGCCACAAUUCUAAUGAACAUGCGGCGGCUUGAGAAGAAUCGUUCAUGUAAGGUGCGGGCGUUGCAUAGCUUAGUUCAUGACUCCUUUACUCCAUAAAUUUUCAUGGCCCACAAAACCAGAUCUGUUAGCUCAACUCAUCUCCUUUGGUGCUUGGUUGGGUGCUUUCAUCUUGUUGACUAUUCAGAGUCGGCUCAACUCCUCUCCUUCCACGCUUUGUUUUCUUCAGACUUGUGAGUUGUUACCGUGAACAGAAAUUUGGAGGGCUGUCUGCCGCUAGGGUUACUCUCUUCCACUAUUGGCAUCACCGAGGAGCGGCCACCGAUAAGGCGGAUUGUUUUGAUAGGCAUCUGGAAGAUUGUUUUGUUUGGCGUUUGGGGCGAGGCUCGCUGCUAUUUUCUUCUUUGGCAAGUAGCGAUCACGACACAUUUGGGAGCACCGGGCUUUGUAGACGCUAAGGAUAUCGACGGUUCGGUUUUUGGAGACAGUGAGGGCGGGGCUUGGUUUUUUUUAUGGAUGAUAUUGUACAUCAAUACAAACAGAUGGGCAUUGCAGAGGAUAAAGAGGAGCUGAUCUUUGAUGAUGAUGAUGAAAGGCACACGGCUAACGAUGGGAAGAUGACUUUCCCGUUGGUUGGUAAGGUUCUCACAGACCGGAAAAUUAAAUUACAGAUAUUCAAGAAACUGAUGGCAUCUCUGUGGAGGCCAGUCAAAGGUGUGUCCACUAAGGAAAUUGGUGAGAAAAGAUACAUUUUUUCUUUUUAUCAUAAUUUGGAUAUGAGAUGUGUUUUAGAUGAAUGUCCGUGGUUCUUUGAAAGGAACCUGUUGAUACUAAAAGAAAUUAAGGCUAAUAAUGUGAGAACUUAGUCUGUAUGAGACUGAUUUUUGGGUUCAGGUUCGUAAUGUGGCGUAUGGUUUCAUGAAUCUAGGAUUUGCUAGAAAAAUUGGUAACUAUUUUGGAAAUUUUAUUAGCUUUGAUGAUAGGAUAGUUAGUUUGAUGAAAAAUGGGAGGUCUAUAUGCGCAUUAGGGUCCACACGGAUAUUAGGAUACCCUUGAAAAAAGGAACCACGCUGAUCGAAAAAAGGGGGUAUCAGCUGGUGGGUGGAAUUCAAGUAUGGAAAGCUCCCAAAUUUUGUUUUUUUUUUCUAUGGGAUUAUUGGGAAUUCUGAUAAGUUUUGUCCAGUAAUGUAUGAGGAAGAUAACAUCACCUUUGCUAAAACUUAUGGAGUUCAACUUAGAGCUGAGGUGUGGUGAAGACUAGUUUAACAGGAGGAAAUAAGUGGCUAGUUGAAGGUUUCUCAAGUACUGGUAUGAGAGUACUGCAGCGGAGUGAUAGUCAGGGCACAGGAGGGCAGGGCUGGAAGGUGGCUACUAUAGGAACUCGAGAUAGUUCUAUUAAGGAAGGGAACUCAGUGAGCCCGAGGGAGGUGUCGCGAGUGCAGAAGGAUAUGGGAAGAGAAGGCAGAGGAGGAUGCAGAAGGAGAGGACAUGGAACUGGACAAGCAAAAAAACGGAGAGGAGGCGAGCCUCAACCACUAGGCUUGCCGGAUUGUGGGAGGAUUCUAGACAGACCGUUUGGUGGCUUGUGGCGUGACACUUAAAGCUGGAGAAGAACUAUUUUUUAUUUUAUGAUUUUAAGACUCUUACAUUAAGUUUGGGUGAUGAUAGGUCUACUUCAACCGUAUUUGGCUCAUGUAAGCCCAUUAUAGGAUCAACGAGUUAUAUUUCUUAUUUGAUGGUGAUUAACUCUAAUCUGGUUCGAUGACUGAUGGUUGUCUAUGGUUCCUUUAUCGUUUUAAACCCCUUCUGAAUGCUAAUGUUGUGAUACUAACGUAAGCCCCUUCUUCAAAAAAAAAAAA